AUGGAGGCCCCAUGCACGGCAGCCAAGCCGGCAAGCUUUGUGGGCGCCUGGUCUCCAGUUCCAACACCCUCGAUGCCCUCAAUGCCUAGGCGGCACAGACGUGAGGUGGGUCGCUGCACCUUGCCAGUAGGCUUCAUGGGGCUGGUUCUCUGCGGGCAUCGCCGGCGGUCCUCAGGUUCCUCGCUAAUCUUGAGCGCAGAGCCGCUGGAGCUUAUGUCCGAGUUUGAUGCGGAGGAUCCGGAGCUACGGGUAGAAGCCGCAAACCAAGUGGGGGCCAUGAACGUCACGAGCGUUCUUUGGCCGCCGAAGCGGGAACAGGCAGACCCGGCGGAGCUCACUCCAGUCUUGCAGGAGACGACUGUGGGACGCUUCACUGGCUCAGCGCCUCCGUUUGCGGCCUGGCCCUUUUACGAGGCUGCUGAUGUCACAACCCUGGAAGAAAAAGACCCAGAGCUUGAGAUCUACAAGGUGGUGGACUUUGACUCCUCAAGCGGCUUGACGAGAGCCUUUGCGUUGGCCAGCCGUUGGCAGAAGCAGAACUUGGGCCGUUCGGCAGGCUUUGACCGCCUCGGCGCUGGCGUUUUAAGCGGUUUCAAGCACACGAACCCCAUCCUGAUGCGACAGCUGCAAGGACUCAACGUCCUCACCAACUGGCAAAGCGACCAACGGCAAAGCUCCGUUUUUUCAGAUGAGGCCUUUGCACAGUUCAUUGCCGAUGUGGAGGCCUCGGAGUUUACGGCCCGGGAGUUCCGCGCUGUAGCGCCCGUGGGCCGUGAGGCGCACGUAACCGGCCUGGUAGGAACCACCGGCUCCUCCCUGGCCGUGUGGACCAUCGAGAAAGGCGGUGAGGCAGAGCGGAGCCUCGACAGCCUCAACAUCCAGCUCUGCUUAGGGCACGACUGCCUAGACCAGGGCCCAAUUGCAGAAGAGCGCCUACUCCGACUGCUUGCAGCCCGCGCCCAGAAACAUGGCCUGGCCCUGCGCUGCCGGGCACGCUUUACGGAGAAGGGCAAGCUGCUGGUUCCUGGCAAAGCCUUGGGCUUCAAGCUGGUUCCUGGUGAACAAGAAUUCGCAGAGGAUACCAGCGACCAAGACGCGCUGAGCAAUCCGGAUUUUACCAAAGCAAAGACACUUGGCAUGUUGGU